UCUUCCGCUUGAAGCUCUCGUUUCAGCUCAGGAACCCUAAAUCCCUAAAUUGCAGUCCGAAAAAGGAAGGCACAAGAAUUGAACUUUACGAAUUCUCAAGAAAGGGAUAAAGCCAUGGCAUUAAAUCACAUCAGAUCAGUGAGAAGUUUCAUUAUUGCCAAGGAGGCAGUUGGUGUGGGACAUCGAAGGUUUGCUGCUGGGGCCAGCAAAGCCAAGAAGGGCUCUAAAGGUGCAGCCAGUGAUGCUCCAAAAGCAUCAAUACUCAGCAAAGAAGUCAAGUCCACAACAGUGGUUGGUGCAAAUAUACUGAAGGAUGGAGCAGAUCCAAAGAUCAUGCCUGAUUCUGAAUACCCUGAUUGGCUGUGGCAUCUGCUUGACAAACGUCCUGCACUGAGUGAGCUAAGGAGGAAAAACAUCGAAACACUCCCCUAUGAAGAUCUUAAACGCUUUGUCAAGUUGGACAACCGAGCAAGGAUAAAAGAAAACAAUGCAGUGAAGGCCAAAAACUGAUGGUCGUAUAAAAGUGGUUUGUGUGAGGCAUUAUUUCUUUGUUAAGAACGAUGCAUCCUUUCUUCUGGGAUUCCCUCUGCUAAUUGAAUUGCUUGUGUGUAAUGAUGGAAGAGAAAUAGAAGGCAAAGCACAAAUAAUUAUGCAUUUCUCUGUAUGUCCUACUAUCGCUUUAUAGUUUUUCUUUUUCCCUUCACUUUAGAACUUAAGAUUGCUGUUUAGGACAACUAAUCUACCAUUUUCAGUCAUUGAAGGAUUGUUGCAUAGCUUCUCAGGA